UCUCUGCCUUACCUUACGUUACGACUACGCAUGUUACGUCUCGUUCUCUGCCAUAGCCAUAUAUAAUGAAAUGGAAUACCGAGGAAGAGAGAAAAAUUGAUGUGUGCAAAAUUUUAUAAUGAAGCAUAGCAGAAAAAAUAAAUCUACAAGAAAGAAGUGUAAUAAUCGGCCACCCAAAGUGUUUUGUCCUGUGGCUGAGAUGGAGACUCCUUUACAGACAACGCAGAAAUAUAAAAAUGCAGGAAAUGUACAUUUUAAUACAGGAAAAUAUAAUGAAGCAAUUGCUCAAUAUAAUAAAGCAAUCGACAUUUGUCCAAAAGAGAACGUCGACGAUCUUGCGAUACUUUAUCAGAACAGAGCAGCUGCGUAUGAGAAAUUGAAAAGAUAUAAUUUUGUAAAGGCAGAUUGUUCAAAAGCGUUAGAACUAAAUCCAAGAUAUAUCAAAGCUUUGCUACGUCGGGCACGUAUUUUGGUGCAAUUAGGGGACUUGGAAGCCGCUUUGAAGGAUAUCACUACUGUUUGCAUUUACAAAAACUUUUCUGAUGAAACUUUACUUUUAAAGGCAAAAAUGAUCUUGGAUAAACUUGGUGAGUUGAAGAACAUUAAGAAAACAUUUAUGGAACACAUCCCAGAGUGUACAACACACCCAAGGUUUUAUAUGCCAACCACGCAUAUUAUCGAAAUAUAUUAUAUUAAAACUUUUUGUAAAGAUCCAAUACUUUCUAGACUUAAAUAUCCAGAAAACAUUCCAGAAUUUUUCAAGAAACCAUUACAAGCGUUAAAAAAUAAGGAGUACCAAGAUAUAAUACCGCUGUGUACAGAAAUCAUCGAAAGCUCUAACUUUGAUACAUUACCUCCAUCUAAACUAGAAGUACUGUUGUUACGGGCUACAUUUUACUUUUUUUGGAUGAAUUAUAAUGCUGCAAUCAACGAUUUUGAAAUGAUUUUGUCUAGCAAAGAUGCACUUCGUGACAUAAGAGUAAACGCCUUGAUAAAAAGAGCAAAUCUACAUCAAGAAAUCAAGUUGCAACAUUUGGCUUUCAUAGACUUUGAAUUAGCUAUUAUCAUAAAUCCAAGUUGUUGUGAUAUCUAUUAUCAUAGAGGACUGGCAUACUUGCGAAUAGACAGGUUUGACGAAGCUAAGCGCGAUUUUGAUACAGCCAUUGAAUAUAAUCCAAACUUCAGCGCGGCACACAUGCGAAAAUUGCACACAAAUUAUUAUUUUGCAUUGUUGAACAGGGAUAUAUGUUUAGCCGAGAUAACUGUGAGAGCCAUUGAGAAAGCUUUUGAUAAGUAUUCAAAUUCUCCUGAAUGUGUAGGUUGUUAUAUUUUGUAUGCUCAGGUACAAAAAUAUGCUCAACAGUACCAAAAAGCUGAUACUUAUUUUAUUAAAGCAAUAGAGAAAAAUCCAGAUUAUGCAAUUGCUUAUUUAAUAUUGUGGAACUGUAAUCUUGAUGACAUUGAGAAAUAUAUGAACAAAGCAUUAAAAUUGGAAACAUGUUCUGUUGAAGGAAAGACUACGUGCAUUGAAAUAUUAAGAAUUUUCGAAAUAAAACGAGGAAACGUGAAGAAAGCAAUAAAAUUAUCUGAGAAGGCUUUAGCAUUUUGUCGUACAUUCAAAGAAAUGCUAUACAUGUAUAGUGUAGAUAUCAUACAUAUAUAUGGAAAUUUUACAGACCACAUUACAUAUAUCAUACAUUUUCUUCAGUCGUACUCUCGAUUCAUCGAUACACAGAAUGCGGAGGUAACCGACAAACAUAUCUCCAUAGAUAUUGAUGGGCCAUCCAAAUUGCUUUUUCUUGCAGCCGAGUCGGAAGUUAAGACAUCAUUGUGCCUUAUAUGA